AUGAAGAGACAGAAUGAGACCAGAGUUUCUGAAUUCCUCCUCCUGGGUCUGCCUAUACCGCCAGAACAACAGGGCUUGUUCUUAGCCCUCUUCCUGGUCAUAUACCUGAUCACCGUGCUGGGGAACCUGCUCAUCAUCCUGCUCAUCAGGAUAGACUCUCGUCUCCACACCCCCAUGUACUUCUUCCUCAGUGUGCUGGCUUUUAAUGACAUGUUUUUCUCAUCUGUCACCGUGCCCAAAAUGUUGGUGGACAUGCAGAGUAAUCACAAGUCCAUCUCCUAUUCAGGGUGCAUUUCUCAGGUAUAUUUUUUAAUAAUUUUUGCUUGUACUGAAAAUCUCCUUCUUGCAGUGAUGGCCUAUGACAGGUAUGUAGCCAUCUGUCAGCCACUCCACUAUACCAUGAUCAUGAGGCAGGAACGAUGUAUCUCAUUAGUAGCUUGGUCCUGGCUCAUCAGUUUUUCACAUGCACUGAUCCACACCCUCCUCUUCUUGCAAGUGUCCUUCUGUGAUGAUAUUACCAUCCCCCACUUCUUCUGUGAACUCACUAAGUUGCUGGAGAUUAGCUGUUCAGACACUUCACUCAAUAAACUGGUCAUAUUAACAGAGGCAGCUGCGAUUGCAAGUCUUCCAUUCAUUUGUAUCAUAGGCUCUUAUGUCUGCAUAUGGGCCACUGUCCUAAAAAAUCCGUCUGCUAAGAAAUUCUUCAAAGUCCUUUCUACCUGUGGCUCCCAUCUCCUCGUUGUAGCCUUAUUCUAUGGUACCAUUGCAGAAGUGUACUUAUUCUCCUCACCAGCCAUGUCGGGUGCUAAAGAAAUAGCUGCUUCUGUGAUGUAUAUGAUAGUCACCCCCAUGCUGAACCCUUUCAUCUACAGCCUGAGAAACAGAGAUAUAAAACAAGCACUAAACUUGUUUGCUGAUAAGGUGAUGUUCUGUAAGUCAACAACUUAG